UGAGGUAUAAAUAACGUAUAGGCUGUUAGACGUCUAUAAGACAUCUAUACGUAGCCUUAGUCACAAAGUUUUGUCCUAGACAUGUUUAGACGUCUACUAUCCCACCAUGUGCUGCCUGGGAUAUGUUUCGCAGAACCGCUUCGAAUUUGCAUUGGAGCCUCACUUUUGUGCUACGCACUUUAAAAGCCCAUACCAGAGCUAUAUUGUCGUUUUCAGAACUGUACCUUGUGCAGACUUCAGAACCGAAUGCUGUGAAGCAUGAUCAUGGCAUACAUAGGCUUGCCAUUUCAAGUGAGCUUACUCUCCUCAACAGGCGGAGGGUGUGAGGUGGCAUGACGCACACAGUCGUAAUCCAGUCGAAACAGGUAACGCAUAUAUACAGACGGCGUCGACUUAGACACUCGGUCAGGCAUUAAAGAUGUACGUACGAUGCGGUCCUGCAGACGACGUCUGCUACAUCUGUUGGCCGUCGGGAUCAUCAUUAUUUACUUGGCUUACAGCCUGACUACCGCAAUGUCCCCCCUGAGUGGUUUUGAUUCUCAAGAAAUCAUGGAACAGCCAACAGGCAACGGUUCUCAUGCCACUGUGGCCAAAGGUGUCUGGACACUAGACAACGGAGGACGAUUGGGAAACCAGAUGGGUGGAUAUGCUGCCCUCUAUGCGUUGGCUAAAGUGAACCGACGACAGGCUUACGUUCAUCCUGACAUGUAUAAAAUCCUGAAACCAUACUUCCGCUUCACACUUCCCAUCCUUGCUCGGAAGGCACUUAGCACUACGAACUGGAGAUUCUACCAACUAGAAGACAGAAUGAAAGAGAAUUAUGCUCAUAUUCGAGAUCUGCAUGUCUGGUUCAAAGGCUUCCCCUGUUCCUGGACCUUCUACCAGAGCAUUCGUGAAGAAAUCGUUAAGGAGUUCACGUUCCACGAACACAUCAAAGGCAAGGCUUGGAAGACACUGCACAAGCUAAGAGGAAAUAGAACUGAGCCUACAUUCAUCGGUGUUCACGUCAGACGCGGUGACUACGUCCGCAUCAUGCGUGAUUCGUUCAAGGGCGUCGUAGCAGACAAGACUUAUUUCCAGAAAGCCACAGGUUAUUUUAGAUCGCGUUACAAGGAGUUGGUAUUCGUUGUGGUCAGCGACGAUAUCGCGUGGUGCAAAGAAAACAUCGAUACUUCAUUGGGGGACGUUUACUUUCCUGGCGACGGGGACGAAAAAUCCCCUGGCAGCGAUCUAGCUCUGCUCGUCCAAUGUAACCAUACCAUCAUGACACUUGGGACGUUCGGCUACUGGGCCGGCUAUUUAGCCGGUGGGGAAGUCGUCUACUUGGCUAACUUCACGCUCCCUGAUUCACCAAUGUUGAAUUUCUUUUUCCCACCUGCCGCGUAUCUUCCUGAGUGGGUCGGUAUUCAGGUGGACCUCUCCCCGAUUCUGAGGCGAAAUGUCAGUCAAGGGGUGGGCAGUAAUAGUAAUAGUUUGUAUUAUAAUACUUUUACUGUAAUACUUUUGAGUAUUUGUAUUAUGUAUUAUAAUACUCGUCCUCGAAAAGUAUUUCUAUCUGUAUUAUAAUACACACAAUUAUAAUACUCUAGAAGGUGUAAUAUUUUUUAGAGGUCGUAAUUCCGAGUGUCACCAGUGCACUUUAUGAGAAAAUUUCAUGUGUUCCACAUAUUUUUGGAGACAUAAACGGCCCCCUUUAUUCCCUUACCCAAAAUUCUCCAAAAGAGAGUGACCUCACGACCAGAGGUUACUGAACGCUCUCCUACAUUCCUUCUUGUUCAUGGUCCCUAAGGAUGAGUAAUCACGUUUACAAGGCCUUUGUCGCCUGAACCAGAGCACGCAGUAAGGUCACCCUUGUAGGCUGUUGCACCACGGACCGUCGCGCAAUUUUGAACGGCCCCAUUUUUAUUGCACCCACUGAACGAAAUCGAGUCUGACACAGUGAGAGUGGGCAGUCGACUGUGCUCAGAAGUAGUCAGCACCAGGGUUGUGGAGUUGCCACUCCGGAGUUGAAAUUAUUCCAGAAUCAUUCCAGAUUUAGCAGAGCCCGGAAUGGAAUUGGAAUGGAAUGCCGGAAACUGUCAUAGGAAUGGGAAUGGAAUGGUCUGGGUGCCCCGGUGGCAGUUUUGGUUUCAACGUGCUGGUUUCUGCCCUCGCACCCUUUGCACCGCACCUGCACACGGUCAAGAGUGAAAUAACCUUGCCUUUGUGCUUUUUCCGUGCUUGGUAAUGUCAAUCUCAUCUAGCACUGCUGGACUUGCCAGUGUGGUUACCGAUCCUUUUCUUUUAUUGAGAGAAUUAACGGAAUGGAAUUGGGUUGCCAAGCUAUUCCAGAAGUGGGAACUGACCAUACCUUUUCAUUCCGAGGAAUGGAAUUGGAACGGAAUGGGAGACCCCAUUCCGCAACCCUCACCAGCACUAUGUCAUCAGAUCAGAGAGGUACUCUCAUUUGCCUGACUUCAUCUAACACCGAACAGACAUGCAGUGCAAGACUGUCCCUUCGAGAGCACACCCACACCCACACAUAAAUUUUUUAACGAUGUUUACUGAAAUACCAUCAUGACCCACUGCAGCCGUAUUAUUUAGUUGCACGAUGACAUAUUCUAUCUCGCCUUGCUCUACCGGCGCUAGAAAAAAAUGAAGCCGGAUGUCGCUCAAGGUUCAAUAAGUUAACCACUGAUAGUCACGCUCUCCCGUUCCAAUGUUCGUGAAGAAGUUGUUGAACAUAUCGGUAAUACAAAGUUUGUUCGAGAUAAGCGUUCCAUCGUCAUCUCUAACCGCCAUAAUGCCAGUACUGCACAAAUUGUGUAUAUUCCUGCUUUUUCCUUCUUAAGAAUCCCCAAUUUUAUAUCGAUGUCAGUUUUUUUGCCGGAUUUUGUAUCAUGUGUAUCACUUACUAGCAUUACUUGUGUAAUACACAGUAUUGUGUAUUAAGAGCGAACACCUUUUUAACGAAAGUACUAGUAGAACGAAUUUUUUUCGCGGUCCCGCCAGAGCCGCAUAGGACUAAUGUAUUUUUCAAACAUUUAGUACAAAUUUCUUUACAACAAAAAUACCUUAAUAACGAACGAAAAUGCGGCCCCUUCAACGCAAUUUCCAACACAUACAACGAAGCUCCUCAGGGGAGUUCGGCGGGUUUUACGAGGAUUAUACGUACAUACCAAGUUUUUCUCCCGGUGCGGGCCCCCUCCUUUAUGAUCUACGUUUCCAAGUUUUGUCGUGAGAAAGGGGUGACAUCAUCAGAUAAUCCGUCACAAAGCCUCCCGGGCAAUUCCCGGUCACCUUGGAGUACGAAGCCCGAUCGACCUCCUUUCUGACUUGAGUUCACAGCGUCCAGUGCACACCAGGACAGCAGCAUUCACGAAGAGUCCGUUGUGGCGGUCAGUUGUGCUAUGGUAGACAUGUCACCGAAGGGCGGCGAUGCUACCUCUGCAAGAGCAUGCUCGAAGCGGAAGCAGUUUACAGUCGAGGAGAAGAUCGCGGUGCUGAGAGCCGUUGAUAGCGGGCAGAAGAAAUUGGACGUUGCAAAAGAAUUUGGGAUUAGUGCUUCUACACUUUCGACUUUUUUGAAGGACCGAGAGAAGAUACAGAAACAGCACGAGAACAACGAAGGAUCCUGAGCGCGAAAAAGGAUACGUGCGGCUAACUUCGAAGAAGUGGACAAGUGCGUUUACCGAUGGCUGUUAGAGGUGAGAUCCCAGGACAUACCCAUAUCGGGCCCCGUGUUGUGCGCGAAAGCAAGGGAGUUUGCAGCCAUGUGUGGUGUCGAAGAGAAAUCCAAAGCAACGCAGGGGUGGCUCCGAGCUUUUCGUGCACGGCACGGCAUCGUCUUCAAGUGUGUGUCAGGAGAAGAGAGGUCGGCCUCUCAAGAUGCUGUGCAAGGUUGGCGAGACCAAGAAAUGAAACAGGUGCUGUCACAGUAUGCCCCAGAAGACAUUUUUAAUGCGGACGAGACCGCGCUGUUUUUCAAGCUGCUACCAGAGUGUACGCUGGCAGUGAAGAAAGACAAUUGCAAGGGAGGGAAAAAAAUCCAAGGAACGCAUUUCGGUCCUCCUUUGCUGUAACAUGACCGGGACAGCGAAGCUGAAGCCGCUAGUGAUAGGCAAGUCUCGAAAUCCACGCGCAUUCAAGAACGUACGCAGCCUCCUGGUAGACUACAGAUGGAACCAGAAAGCCUGGAUGACUUCAGCGAUAUUCACCGAAUGGCUGCUGCAGCUAGAAAAGAAAAUGAAGGAACAGAAAAGGCACAUCGCUGUCAUCCUGGACAACUGUUCUGCACACUCCAAAGUUCCCAAGAUGACGUACGUCAAAGUGCUGCUUCUUCCACCGAACUGUACGUCGGUGCUUCAACCCCUCGACCAAGGCAUUAUUCGCUCGCUCAAGUCGCAUUACCGAAGACGGAUGCUAGAGGAAAUCCUCAUCAACAUCGAAGCAAAAGUUCCAAAACCAACGAACAUAGAUAUCCGCCAGGCCAUUGAAAUGUUGACUGGCGCAUGGCGGAGUGUGAUGCAAGAGGUUGUUGAAACUUGCUGGCGCAAAGCCUGGUUCAUCGAGUCGAGAGACGACGGAACCAUUUUCACCGCAGCUAACUGUUGUGACGAGCCUGAAUCCUUGCAGAGGGCAUGAGUAGGAUAUACAAGAAGGAUCAACCUCCCGGAAAACUUGCUUGCAGAGGACUUUGUGAGUGCCGAUGAGCAUGCUGCUGCACGUGCGUCACAAUCCGAAACCGAUAUAGUUGCUGAAGUUCAGAUGGAGAAAGACAGAAUAGAAAGCGAAGAGGAAGAAAGCCAAGAUAAAGAAAAUAAAGAAGCGCCAACUGUGACUGCUACCGAGGCGCUACAGAUGAUAGAUAAACUGCAGCGGUUUCUUUCUUCUUGUAACAACGUGCCUGAAGCACACUUUGGAAGCUUGGGCAAUCUGCUUAUUUACUGUUCAGAAAAUGCAAUGAAAGCACUUGUUCAAAAAGGGCUAACUGAUUUCUUUGUGCGCAAAUAAAUGUGUUCUCUAAGUGCA